GGUCAGAGAGACUCUGUGCUCUGUGUUGUCUGUCUUCAGCUCUCUCUGCAUCAUCUGCAAACACAGGGGAUUGACCGCUGCCGCGACAGGACGCCAGUCCACAUGUCAACGAGGAGAAGAGGCGCCGGGACAGACAACGUCUGCAAUUACGAGACAUCAAAGUCAGGAUAAGACUGUCCACAAGGACUGGACAAGCAGUCUACUGGUACUGGACAGCAUGAUGUAAAGGCUACAAGACUGCAAGCAGUGUCCACGGCGGUCUACGAGGGCUGGGCAACACGUCACCAGGAUGCAGACCCCUGUCUCCAUGGUGAUGGGGAUCGUCUUCGCCCCGCUGGGUCUGGUCCUGGUCUUCACGGCGGCCAUCACUCCCCAGUGGCGCGAGGGGCAGGUGCAGGUGGCGGUGGGGCCGGGCGGCAUCGGUGGCGUCGGGGGCGUCGGCGUGGGCGAGGGUCUUCUCCUCCUGCGGUCAGACGGGCUGUGGGAGAGCUGCCUGCAGGUGGCGCACUCAGAGCUAAAGCAGUGCUGGCCCGCGUCCGGCCCGUACCAGCGUGACCGGCGUGUGCGCGCUGCCCAGGGUCUGGUGCUGGCCUCGCUCUUCUCGUGCGGUGCCGGGAUCGUGCUGGCCUCACUCUUCUCGUGCGGCGCCGGGAUCGUGCUGGCCAGCGUUGGCGUGCGGCGCCGGGAUCGCGCUGGCCAGCGUUGGCGUGCGCUGCUGCGUGGCGUCGCGGCCGGCGGCGGCGGCCUCCUGGUGGUCCUCGCCGGGCUCCUGAGCCUCGUGGCGCUCGGCCUCUACACGCACAACCUGGCAGCGCUGGGCAGCGAGGACCCUGCGGUCAGCGGCGGCGGCGUUGGAGGUCCGCGCUCGGCCCUUCAGCAGCACCAGAGAGCCUCGUCCGCCCACCGACUGCCCCGCCUGUCGCUGCGUCCGGCCGGGUCGCUCUACUUCGGCUGGGUGGGCGGCUGGGUGCAGGUGCUGGGCGGCGCGGCGCUCAUGCUGAGCUUCAAGAGACCACACUGCCCAUCCUGCCACAAGCGCCCCCCAGUGGACAACACGGAGACCUAUGAGGUCGCCUGCUGAGAGGGGGAUGCAGAGAGAGAAGGAGAGAGAGAGAGAGAGAGAAGGAAGGAGAGGAGAGGAAGAACAGAACACUGGAGAAAGAAGGACUACUCUCUCACACAUACACACACAUAUUUACACAUACACACACACAUAUACACAAACACACACACACACAUAUUUACACAUGCACACAUACACAAACACACACACACACACACACACACACACACAGAAGUGAUGGAUUACCUGGGUGUUGUCACGUCACUCCACUCAGCUCAGUCAUGAAGGCAGCCCCUGUUGAAUGGCUGGAGGCUGGUGAAACCGGUCCCGAGGGCCCCUUAAGCCUGGGAUAAGUGCUGAAGAUGUCAAAAGCUGCUUUCUUUAGGGGGGUGCGGGAGUAAGCAGGCAAUCCUUGUAGGACUGAACGGCUGAUUCACUCAGACAAUGCACUGAAUUAGGCGACUUAGAGGACUGAAGUCUCUAUUCAUGGCGUUUGAGCGUAGAGGGCUCCAACCUGCUUCAGGUGCCACGAAUAGCGCACAGGUGGACACCUGCUCGCUUGCAGACGUUUCAGAACUGUCGCUAGUUUUGCUAAAUUAAUAGAUGUUAAUAUCUGUCAUUUAAAUCUGCUUAAGAAUUUUCAGCAGUGGUUUGUGCAUUACGAAAAUUAACAUUGUGUAUUUUCAGAAUCUCCAUGAUUUGUAAAUGCAGUUUUAGGUUCACUGUUUCCGUCCCUUUUGGAAGCCCCUGAGUAGCAAAAAGCUUUUCUAUCAGUUGUAGGAAAAAAAAAUGUAUGAAUAAGUCAUUGUGAAAUAUCUGUCUUGCAUCUUAGAACCUGACUAUGAAAAUCUUUCCUAAAGUAUACAUUUAAUGUGAAGCCAUAAACUUGAAAUGCCAAGGAACAGGACAACUUAGUUGUCUUAGCAGUUUAUUCAUUUGCUGUGUAUUUGUCCUCACAGUAUGGGUCUUUUGUCCGUAGUUUAGACUAAACGCCUAUGAUCCAAAAUAUUUAAAUGAUCUUUGAUCAAACUCUCUAUGUCAUGGACUUUGAAGUAUGAGUUGACCGCAGCCUUACUUAAGACAGCAGACAAGCAUUAGAGCAAACGUAAAAUCUGUUUCUCUAGUCAAUCAGACAUGUUUUUCUUUUCGGUUUUCUGUGCCCCAGCAACCGAGUGUGUUUGUAGCUUCACU